AUGGGACCCAAGGACAGCAAUACCACGUCUGCUGAGCGUCUAGCCGGCGAGCUGCAAAUAUUCGGUCUGGACUGUGAGCCAGCGGCCUACGAGAAGCUGGCAGAGCUGUGUCCUCUUUAUUGGGAAUCAGAAGAUGAGCUGGUGGCUGCGCUGGUAGCCUUUAGCACCAACACUGGCAAGGUGUUCCUUACCUUGGAGAACCUCAACUCCUUUGAAAAUGAGUUUCUGACCAAGAGAACAUCCAGGUCCCGCCAGGGCCCCACCAAGAAAGACAGCGGGCCCCCAGGAACCUGGGACAUCGUCUCCAUCCAGGAGCUAAUUGAAGUGGAGGCCAAAGAAGAGACGCUCUUGAACUCGUAUGCGACCCCAUCCAAGGGUUCUCAAAAGCGAAGCGUCAGCACCCCUGAGACUCCCCAGUCAAAACGGAAUGUGUCGGCCAUGGCACGCAGCCCCCAUCUGCUCUUCUCCCCCUCCAGCUUCUCUCCAAGCGCCACGCCCUCUCAGAAGUACAGCUCCAGGAGCAGCCGGGGGGAGGUGGUGACCUCGUUUGGCUCCACCCAGGAACGGUCCUGGUCUGGGAGAGGAGGAGGAGGCCGCCUCGCCGUGAAGGUCUUGGACGCCGCCAGAGCCCUCACCGGCAGCUACAAAUGCAUGUUCCAGAAGCUCGCGGAUGUCCGAGAAGUUCUCACCUGCAAGAUUGAAGAGCUCGGCUGCGAGCUGAAGGAGCUUCACCACAUUGAGGCUUUCAGUCCCAUCCUGGUGCCAGCCCAGGAACCAAUCACUGUGCUGGGACAGAUCGGUUGUGAUAGCAAUGGAAAGCUGAACCCCAAAUCAGUGAUUCUGGAAGGAGACCGAGAGCACUCCCUGGGGGUGCAGAUCCCGGUGGAUCUCUCAGAGCUCAAGGAAUAUUCUCUGUUUCCUGGCCAGGUGGUCGUCAUGGACGGAACCAACUCUACGGGAAAGAGAUUCGUCGCCACCAAACUCUAUGAGGGGGCGCCCCUUCCUUUCUACCAGCCCACAGAAGAGGAUGGAGAUUCCGACCAGAGAAUGAUCCUGGUGGCCUGCGGGCCUUACACCACGUCCGACAGCAUCACGUAUGACCCCAUGAUGGACCUGAUCGGCGUCAUCAGCCGAGACCAGCCGGACGUCUGCAUUCUGCUGGGCCCCUUCCUAGACGCUAAACACGAGCAGGUUGAGAACUGUCAGCUGACCGGCUCGUUCAUAGACGUGUUCAAGCAGUGUCUGCGGACCCUCAUCGAGGGCACGAGAAGCUCGGGCACCCACCUCGUGUUCGUGCCGUCCCUGCGAGACGUGCACCACCAGCCCGUGUACCCCCAGCCGCCCUUCAGCUACGCGGAGCUCCCCAAAGAGGACAAGCAGCGCGUCCACUUUGUGUCUGACCCCUGCACCCUCUCCAUAAACGGCGUCAUCUUGGGCUUGACCUCCACCGACCUGCUGUUUCACAUGGGGGCGGAGGAGAUCAGCAGCUCGUCCAGCACCUCGGACAGGUUCAGCCGAAUCCUCAAGCACAUCCUGACCCAGAGGAGCUACUAUCCCCUGUACCCCCCCUUCGAAGAGAUGAGCGUCGACUUCGAGCACUUGUACUCGUCGGCCGCGCUGCCCGUCACGCCGGACGUGUUCAUCGCGCCCUCCGAGCUGCGCUACUUCAUCAAGGACAUCCUGGGCUGUGUGUGCAUGAACCCCGGCCGCCUCACCAAGGGCCAGGUGGGGGGCACCUUCGGCCGCCUCUACGUCGGCCGGCAGCCCGCGGGCAGCGCCCCGAGGAAGAGUCCGUGCAGCGCCGCGCAGGUGGUCAGGAUCUGAUGGCCGGCCGGGCCGGGCUGUUUGUACAAGAAUUAAAGCUUCUUCCACCCUC